CCCGGACCAGCUCACCGUUCCUUCCCACCGAGGGGAGAUUUCUGCAAGACCAGACGACUUCCAUUGAGUGAUCAGCUGAUACUUGGCUUAAGUGCCAGCAACCUUCUACAUGCACUCCAGAAAGGAUACGUACUAUACAAACUCCUAUUUCAUCUGGCCAGAAAUGAAUAUGAUGAGAUCACUACACAAGUCUUCACCUAUUUGAACAUGUGCACCUUAUGGUUCUCCACCCUCCUCAGUAUACAUUUCUGUCUGAAGAUCGUCAAUAUUCAUCACUGGUUCUACAUUGGUCUUCAGAAAAGAAUUCCUACGUUGUUUCCUUGGAUUACCAUUACUUUUCUUCUAGGAUUCUUCUUCUUGACUCUUUAUUCUGCACUGGAGAUAACGCAAGACUGUCUUCUAAACACAACAUCCAAAGUCAAAUCCAUGAAGCCCGGAAGAUGCUCUUGGUUAUUUUAUCUUUUUAUAGCAUUAAGCAGCUUGUUCUCCUUUCUCUGCUCGGUAUCGGCAUUGACCAUCAUCAUCUCUCUGUGUAAACACAUGAAAAGAAUCCAAGAGAAUACUGAGGGCUCCAGAUCUCCAAACAUGGACGCUCAUAUUCGUGCCAUUAAGACGGUCACCACUUUACUCGCUACUAAUAUUCUUAUAUGUACUUCUGUGUUUCUAGCAAUUAUAAUUCAGAGCAUUCUAACUAUACCAAUAGGCAUUCUUAUAUCUAUUUGUCAUAUAUUCAGUUCCUAUUUUUUGAUUAAGGGAACAAAAAAACUGGAUAAGACUUUCCUAAAGAUACUGAACCGGUGUUCAUUGGGUAGCUUUAGAAACCAGUAA